AUGUCUACCCAGCAAGCUCUGCAACUGAUUGUCAUCCCUCACCGACCUGCCAAGGCCGAGGAAAUUGCCAAUGAUUUAGCACCCGCUUUUGCUAUUCUCCAGAAAGCAAGUGGUCUCAAGGCAGUAUGGAGAGGAAAGAAAUUCGAAGACCGAUACACCCAAGUUGCUUUGUGCCUGUGGGAAAGUCUCCAGGCUUCACACGCCUUCUUCACUAGCGAUGCCUAUGCCCAGUUCCACAAAAUAAUUCAGCCUGCACUUAACGGACGCAAGGUCGACUGGGCCCAUCAUGCAUUGCUCGAUCAUUCCAAGUUGAGCGACCGUUCACAUCUCGAAUCUAUCUUAAGUUCACCGGCAAUUGAGGUCGCCCUGACCAAAGUCGUGGAAGGUGGAACCGCAGGCUAUUACUCUCAGUUCAACAAGGUAGUUACUGGUAUCCUGGAUGAAGAAUCUGGAUGCGAUGGCUACUUCAUCUCGCCUCUGAUGGAAUAUCCCGAGGACCAGUUGUUGCUGAUCAAUUGGAAAUCUGUCGAUGCUCAUCAUGAGGAAUUUGAGAAGAAGCCUGGCUUCAAGGGGUGCAUUGAUGCUUUGUUUGACUAUUACAAGGAAUUUGUCGUUCCCUGGCAUAUCACUGAGUUGACUCGGGUACAAUAA